GCAUCCACACGUGCGACCCGGGCGCAUCCUUCUCGAGACGCAUCUCCUCGCAGAGACGCAUCUGCGGGGGGAUCAUCGAUCAUUGGUCUCCGGUCCGGGGCGGGUGCGCGGAUCCCUGCGCGCCCGGGUGCGCGCGCGCGCGCGCCAGCCUAGGUGUGCGAGCCAUCCCGUGCAUAAUCGAGGCGGGUGUUCCAUCGGGGCGAUGUGUUGUAUAUAAGCCGCCUGCCGACGGAGGCGGCUUUUCCGACCGGCCCAGGGCUGCGUUCCCCGAGCAGCCUCUCGUUCCCCGAGCGAGCGAGCGAGCGAGCGAGCGAGCAGGCGCAGGCGGAAGGGGCCAUGGGAGAGGACCGCUGCCCCGGCCGCCUGCCCCCCCUCCCCCACUCUAGAUGGAUCAUUACCGAGCGCGCAGGGGUCAGGAUUCAGACGUCCGCUCGUCCCAUGCAUGCAUUCGCCUCCUAGAGACCAGCGCGCCAUCAUGCUCUGGAAACUGGUGGAAAAUGUCAAAUACGAAGACAUCUACGAGGACCGGCACGAUGGCGUCCCCGGCCACAGUUCGCGCCUGUCCCAGCUGGGCUCGGUCUCGCAGGGGCCCUACUCCAGCGCCCCGCCGCUGUCCCACACGCCGUCCUCGGACUUCCAGCCGCCCUACUUCCCGCCGCCCUACCAGCCGCUGCCCUACCACCAGAGCCAGGACCCCUACUCGCACGUCAACGACCCCUACUCCCUGAACCCGCUCCACCAGCCCCAGCAGCACCCGUGGGGCCAGCGGCAGCGCCAAGAGGUGGGCUCCGACGCCGGCUCGCUGCUGCCCCAGCCGCGGGCCUCCCUGCCGCAGCUGUCGGGCCUGGACCCCCGGCGGGACUACCACUCGGUCCGGCGCCCCGACGUCCUGCUCCACUCGGCCCACCACGGCCUGGACUCCGGCAUGGGCGACGCCCUUUCCCUGCACGGCAUCGGACACCCCGGCAUGGAAGAUAUACAGUCGGUGGAAGAUGCAAACAACAGCGGCAUGAACCUGCUGGAUCAAUCCGUCAUCAAAAAAGGUAAGAACUAUUCCCCCCCCCCCCUUUCCCCCGAUAAAUUAAGGCGCCGUUAUUUUCCAGUCGGAUGGGGUGAAACUGGAGUCAAAUCGAAGCCGUCAGGCGCGGGCCCCGUGCCUACUCAGAAGGAAAUCCCGCCGCGGUGGGGGGGCAGGAUCCGACCUUUCAACGUCUGGCAAGCAAGACACGUGGUGGGAAAAGACGGCUCCGAGCCACGUGUCGUUCGCACGGGCUUUUGCUGCGCGUAA